AAGUGAUAUAUUCAUAUCUGUAAUACAUCGUAAAAUCAAUGUUUCUUCCCCUUGCAUUUAUGAAAAUUUUCAUGAGUAAGUCUUGCAUGUGCUCAUCUUUGAUAAUCAUAAACAGGAUAUGGGGUUCAAAAAAUUGUGACACUCUGCACAUUACUUGUAAUGCAUCUUGAACAAGUAGACACCAAACAUCUUGCAAUUUCGUACUGACGGAUCACGGCUUUAAUAUAUUUAUCAAUAUAUUUUCUAUUAGCAAUAGUUAAUAGUUUUAGAUGGCUGAAUCCUAUGGCGUAAUUUUCACUUUUCACCAUAGUGACGCUAGGCUACUUUUUAACUUUGAUCGGGAAGACAUGGAACCAAACUUUCAGGCAUUUUUACGAGUACUCAGAUCUUUUUCCACAUUCUUUACUCAUGCGUUAAGUUCAGAGGAAAAUAUUUGCCUUCGUUUUUUUUUAUCUCACUUAGAUCUUUUUAGAUCAAACAAAGUCCUUUUCAUUAUAUAAAAUGCUUCACUAUUCGAGGAAUAAAAUUUCAAUCGCAAGUUUUGAUUUUGAGUGACUUUGAUUUAUUAGUGUACUUAUGAAGUCUGCACAUGACGUUAUGAUUUCUAUUUAUUUAUUACAAUAUGGAUUUUGCCCCCCCUCCCCCUCCCUUUUCUUCUUCUUCUUCUAUACUUAGGUAACAGAAUAAUGUUGCCUUUCUCAAAAGUUUAUUAAUUGUUAACGCAACAAGAGUAAUUGAUAAGAAAGUGAAGAUGGAUAUAUGUUUAGUUUAAAAUUCUAUCUUACCUUAAAUUGUGAUUUCAGACUUCGUUAAGGACGCUUUUUUUUCACUCCGUAAUUACACUUAGAUUGGCGAUGGAAAGUAUCUUGUGUUCAUAUUUACAAUUUUCGAGAUACUAUUUAACGUAUUAUUACUUCCCUAUUUGAAUUCCAGGUUCUUGUUUAGAAUAAGAUGUCAUUGCGUUUUUGGAAAACGAAAUGUUACGCAUUCUUUUACCAAUACUUCUUGAACUACUCCUCAAUCAGUUUUUCAGUACAUAAGUUUUAUUACAAAGAUACAAUGAGUGAAAAUCAGCCUAAAUUUUUCGCUGCUGUGCUUGAAUCGAACUACGAAAGCAUAGCGCAGAUACGAACGAUGUGCAGCCUUUUGUCUGGCAUGGCAGCAGGUAUCCUUGGCUUGACAGGCAUUUUUGGACUCCUGUUUUUUAUAGUAAGUUCUGCGAUAGCCUCAUUCGUAAUAUUAACAGUUGGUUGUAGAGGAAGUUCAUUAAAAUACUUUCCCAAAGGGCCCAAGGAGCUUUUCACAUUUGAAAGCAUGAUAAGUGGUGGUAUGACAUACAUUCUUGCCUGGAUUGUUGCAUACGACGCAAUUUAUAUUUUUUAACACACAUUAAUAGGUUUUUUGGGGUUGUGUUUACAGGCAUGAAAUAUCUAUAUGGAUCGUUACUCUUAUUUAA